AUUUCAUGAAGUGAGUAAAACAUGUGACCGUUGUGGCUUAAAGAUUUUAGAAAUCUGAGCGUCAAUAAGUUGGUAGCAUGACUUUAGACUGUUGGAGGUGAGCAGAAUGGCUGGCCUGAUACACAAACUUGAGGGUUUUCUGUUGUGUUUUUCUGUCAGUUGGACAUUUAUAUUUAUUCUUUGCUUCACGCCUGCAGUUUCCAGUAAGAAAAAAAAAGCCCUUCAUCUGCAAACUGAUAAAGUACUCCUCUUGUAGCCUGCCAUAAGUACAAAUAGAGAUUCAUCAUUCUCUCCUGCAUUUAAUGAAACAUGAUAGAUGCUGCAAGUUUUCUGCCUUUGUCAUGUGGAAUUCAAUGUGUGUACCAUAUUUAAUAAUACUGGAAAUUAAUAAGGUCCCCUGGGGCCAAUGAAUUUCCAUGCUGAAAUGCGAUUGUCUCUUCAACAACACUGAGGUUCACAUCAGCUCCUCUUCGCUCAUCUUCCUUUCCGUUUUCAAACAUAACCAAUCUUCUUUAGCAAGGCUUUUCUAUUAAUCUACAUUCUUAGUGCAAGAAUGAAUUCUGCUUCAUCCUGAUAAUAUAUCUAUUAGAGAAAAUUCUUCUUCAGUACAGUGUCCUGAAAAAAGAGGGCAGGACAGUCAUGUCACACUCCCCUUUCUUGAUGAAAGCUGUCCCUCACUUACAGGACAGACAAAGCUUCUUAUGCCCACUCACUCCUUUGUUUUUUAACCUUGCUCUUUCCUAUUUAGUUAUAAAUGCUGUCCGUCACUUGCUAGACCACAAGCAGCUGUAUUAUUACUUCCUCAACCUUGUCAGUGAUCUCAUUGGAAAGGACAGGACAUCAGUCACAAUUCACUUUAAUUUUCAAGGCAACUCAUACGUUAAGUGUUAAGUAUUUAAGGUAUUUAAAUCUCUGUCCUAUUCAUAAGUCUAUUUAAGAGAUAGCAAGAUGUUUUUAUAUCAGUGCAUAACAUCGCAAUGACAGGUUUUACUAAAAUCAGUCAUUUACAGCCUCCAGGCUCAAUAGUUGCAAUAAAACCAUUCACUCUAUGCUCCAGUCAAAUUAGAGCUAAACUUUUAUCAUAAAUGUAAGUAAAUAUGUCAAAGACCUUGUUGGAAGUCACUAGUUUGCAUGUGCAUUGUUACCCCUGACACUUUUUGCAAUCUGGCUGGCAUUUAUCAAAGUUUUUGUAGGUUUGGAGAAUUCAACACCAUUCAGCAAGACUAUAAACACAUCAGUGACACAACCUUUAAGAAACCAUGAGCAGUAGUGACAGACAGGCUUAGAGGAUUAGAUGUCAUUCGCUUAAAGGGAGGGUCUAUCUGCGUUCUUUCAAAAGGAAACUCCCACUCAGCCAUCAGAAAAAAGGUGUUGUGCCAUUGUACCGAAGGCUCAAAAUUUCGAAGUCCAAAAAAUCUCCCAUUUGUCCAAAAGGCCAUUGUCUGACAGCCCAGUGUCUUGAAAACAAACGUGCAUUUCUCUAAAGGAGAAAGCCACUGAUUGGUUUAUCCUGAUAUUCUUACCCUAACCAGUCUCACUCCUCAUCUCUGAAGUGAGUCACUCCUUUACCAUAGUAGGAAGGUUCAAUGACGCAAUUCUGCAUAAGAAUUAGCCUGCAUGUCCCUCUGUUUGGGAAUGUAGCCAAUUUUAUGGGGUUGUCACAUUCUGGCCAGUUGGUCUAUUGGUUGGUCGUUAUACUCUGUAUCCACCAAAGCAUUUCCUUUCCCAGCUGAAAGUGGCAUUUGUUAUUGUUAAGCACUUGUAGAUGUUCUAUGUGAUGGUUGGUCUUUAUGGUAUUUGUCCUGCCUCUUCUCCACAGUGAUUGGACAGCUGGUGACAUACCACAGUGUUCUAACCAAAUAUUUUUAAGCUCUCAUUUUUAUUCGAAAAAUGGAUUAAUUACAUAAGACAUUCAGUUUAAGUUUUAGCAUUAUGAAUUUAUUUUUCUAAGUCUCCAGAGAGACACUGCAGUUCAAGGCUGGAUUAUAAAGCUUCUGAAAGAAAUACAAUAACACUGGAGCCCUUGUUGGAGUAGCAGGGUGGCUAACAUUAGCUACUGGGCUGAAAAUAGUAACUAAGAAAAUCAAGAUUUUCUUUGCCUGAUUAAAAUGCUACUAUUUUCAUAGAGGUCCUUCUGAGCAUUAUGCAUGUGUUUUGGUGAUACCAGGCUUUCAGAUAAAUGAGAUUUUGCUCCAAUGGUACAUUUUUUGGACUAUUGGGGCUUGCCAAUGAUGAGCCAUCGGAACAAUAGGCAGUCCCCAGCAAAAGACGGAGACACAGAUUACAGCAGUGAUGCCCUCCCCUAAGACACACAACUGGAAAGCUUCAGUUAUAUAAAAACCUAAAAAAAAAUAAAAUAAUGUAGCUGCCCUUUAAUAUCUGGGGGUUAUCUGCAGCAAAAACAAUUCCAGUGAAUGGUUUGGAGGAUGCAUGUUCAUAUUUCAAUGAAAUCUGUGUAGUGGUCCUAAAUUGAUGCCAAAAAGUCACACACACACAGCACCCAGCAGACACUCAUCAACCUACCCAUGCAUGCCUUCCUUUUGUAAGGCACAUACUCAGUGCCAUGGUAUACCAGGCACAGCAGAAAUUAGCCCGGGACCCCUGAGGCAGUGAGCACAUAACUUGCAUAAGAAUGAGCAGGCUUGGCUGGUGCCAUCAGGUUUUAAUUUGUGUCCGAAGACCUUACAAGGCUUAUGUCAAGGACCUGUGUUCAGUAGGAAGCACUGUGCCCUUGUAUCUUUCCUAUUAAUAGCUUUUUAAAUUAGUCUCUCAGACCUUGCAUCCGUGUAGCCCCAAGUAUCAUACACACUCACCUCUGCAAUAACUCAUUAUAUGAUUCAAAAAGACUUUAAUUCACUGUCUAGCAGGUGCCUCGUCUCUCUUGCUGAUAUUCAGGGGAGAGGAGGCCUAAAGGUUAUAGAGCCAGUUUUGUAAUGAGUUUUUAUUACCGCUGAACUGAACAAGAGUCAAUUUAUAAAAUCAGCUUUGAACAACUGAACACCAGAGACAAAACUGACAUAGUUUCCAAAACAAAUACUCCUUCACUGUUAGGUCAGAGGGGUAUUCCAGGUAGGAGGUUCAACAUACUCUGAGUCUAACCCUGAGUCUAACUCUGAGUUACCGGUUCCAGAACAGCUGAUUUGAGUUAGUUCAGUCAACUCUGAGUGUGUUCACUCUGAGUUAAGCCGACAAUAAAAAGCCAUCAUCAAUGGAGCUCCAACUCCACGAUCCACCAUGGCAACAGGUAAAUAAAAGACAGCGCCUCCAUUUUAAUCCAGUGGAUGUAGAGAUAUUAAUGCAUGUGUAGCAGACGGUGCACAUUUAUCUUUAAAAGAAGAGCCUGUGUCAGAGCAAGGAACGUGUAAAUAAGUUAACCAUACAAUUAAUAAAAAAAAUUAAUUCAGUGUUGUCCGUUUAUUCAUCAUUUAUCAGACUUACAUUUCCUUAAUGAAGAUAAAGUGGUGGAAUCUGACUGUGUAUCAGGCUGUCGAGACAUUACAUUAUAUUAAUAAUAUAUAAUAAUAUAUUUGUUCAGAUUUAAUCUGAUGAGGAAAAACACAGGAGGCAGCAACUGAAAAAUAGCAAGAUUUAAAACAUAUAGGCUAGGCUAUAGAUCAAAGACAUAAAGACAUGACUGUAAACUCACAGUCUGACCCAGUAAUAAUAUGUUUGGUGAUUUACACUUGAAAAGACGUUGAGGUUACAAUACAGUAGAUUCUAAAAUGUUGCACAUCUAUUUGUAUCUUGACUCAACAGCAUUCAGUUACUUUAUUUCAGCUACAAAUGUAGGAAAUUUAAAGACAGUGGAAUGCUGCACUAAUGCUCACUCAGAAAUAUUAACAUAUAAUCCCCAAUAUUAGGCUAUAGGAAUUAUGUUCCAUCAGUGCGAACAAUGACAUCAGUGAUAGUGAUCAUUAGUCAUUGAAACUACGUGUCUAAAGCUUCAUACCGAUUUUUAAAAUUUAAAUAAUUAGACCUACACAUUAUGUGCAAUAAACAUUUGGGAGCUGCUCUAACAGACUGACAGUCUGAUCCUUGUGCACAGUGUUAUAAAAAAUAAUAAAUAUAAAAAGGACAGAGGUUUGAUUCUGAGCUGAGGGUGAAUUCUUGCUGUGUAAUAUUUGAAUGUUAAGACAAAAACUGAUGUCCAAAGAAAUGAUUGAUGUGCAUAAAUUGAGUAACUUAAGACAGUCCUGAGUAACAAACUAAUAUCCAGCAGGAUUUAGACUGUGACAGACGGUAAAUCUCCGCUAAUUAAUGUGCUUCGAUACAAGCUUUGACACGGACUGAAUGAAUGAGGAAAUGAAACAGCGUGUAAGAGGGAGGAGACAGAGAAAAACUCAGGGUUUACUGAAGAAAACCUGCCGUCAAGCAGGUUAUGUUCAGAGUCUGUUACCAUGGUGAUUGACUCAGAGUUUCAGUUACCUCUCUUUCUGGAACGGAUAACUCAGAGUUUCCCUCAUCUCAGGGUUAACUUACUCUGAGUUUUCACAUAACCCGCUUUCUGGAAUACCCCCCAGGUGACACAGUAUAUGAAAACUACCAGAAUCGUCCAAGAAAAAAAUGAAUAUUUUCAUUUUAUGUAACAGAGUGAAAUGGUUAAUCAAACUUUAAGUCAUUGUUUCUGUGCAUAUACAUUGUUUAUGCAUCUGAUGUAUAACGUGUAUAACUCUUUGGCAAAAUAAUCCUGUUGAUUUACCUACAACAGCUGUUUUGCAGGGAUUUUUUUAUGUAAAGAAAGGUCAUCUGAUAACACCAAGUCAAAACCAGAGACUGCAGUGCCACUCUAGGACAUCACAGAUUAACAGCGUCCUUCCUAUGUUUCACCUCCUCUGGCUGUUGACUUUAUGUAUGCUAAUGAGCACUAAAUGGAGUCUGCCUUAGUGGUCAGGAGGAGAAUUAGAGGUACAAGAGGUCAAUCAACCAUCAGUGCUACGAAGGAGAGAGGGAGGAAUGUCAGGGUGCUGCCACGCAUUUGGCUGGGCAGCUGCCCUCGACAGGUGGAGCAUGUGACUAUAAAGAUGAAGCAUGAACUGGGGAUUACUGCAGUGAUGAACUUCCAGACAGAAUGGGAUUUGGUGAACAACUCCAGUGGCUGCAGGCGCAACCCUGGGGAAGCCAUGACCCCGGAGACUAUGAUGCAUUUGUACAGAGACUGUGGCCUGGUGUAUGUGUGGAUUCCCACACCUGAUAUGAGCACUGAGGGUCGGAUCAGGAUGCUUCCCCAGGCUGUGUUCUUGCUUCAUGGUCUCUUGGAGAAUGGUCACACUGUCUAUGUUCACUGUAACGCUGGUGUAGGCAGGUCGACAGCUGCCGUGUGUGGCCUGCUCAUGUACGUCCUUGGCUGGAGCCUGAGGAAGGUGCAGUACUUUGUGACAGCCAGGAGGCCGGCAGUGUACAUAGACGAGGAGGCUUUAGUCCAGGCUCGAGCAGACUUCAACCAGAAGUUUGGACAACUGCGAUCGUCCAUCUCUUACCCAGAGACAUGAGAAUCAAGUGUCCUUAUACUGAAGUCUUUGGAUUUGAAGCAGAAUUUUGUCAUGAUUCUUGACAAAGUGUGAAAAAACAGUCAGCAUGAAAGGUGCCAGAAGGCGAAAUAAGCUACAGCAAGAAAAUUAACUUCUUUCCACUUAAACCUAAUGUAAAUAAAUGACCCAAUUCAGCUGAAAGCCUUUUGAAAUCUGAUUGAUCCCUCAAGUACCUGGAGAGAAUUCUGCUGGCUGACAACAUAGAUGUUUCAAGCAAUUAAACCUUCUGUGAUGUGUUCCCUUUAACUUCUGGAAUUAGUCUUUUCCAUUAAGCUCAUACUUAUGCAAAUUGUGCACCUGGAGUCACCUGAGUUUUCAGUAAAUGUCUGCAGGAUGUCUCUUUUGUAACAAUCAAUAAAGUCAACAUUUUUAGAUGGCGACUUUUAGAUGUGUUAACUGUAAUGAAUUGGUGGAACAGAGGUUGAUCUGGUAGAAUUCUUUAAAGGUUGAUAUAAUAACAAUAGUUUAAAAAAGGAAAAAGCCAAUUAAUUGGCAGACAUCAACGCCCCAGUACACUUAGACAGACACACACCAAAAGCGACCUGCUUUCUCUUGAGCUGUACCCACUAUCAACGCUUUUUUGCUCGAUUUUACACAACCCACCCUUCCACAGUUCUGAUUGGUGAUAUACGGCGCUUCAUGACUGGUGGAGGCUGCGCAGCCAUUGGCUUCUAUCAGAGCCAAGUUUCGCCUAUGUCCUGUUGACGUCAGUUAUUCGGCCAAAAAGAUAAAUCUGUCGACCUCUAGAGGGGAACAUACAGCAAAACAAAUAAAUAUCACUGUGCUGCCUAUAUUGCUGUUUGCUCUCUCUUAACAAGCUAUGCUCCUGAGUUAAGGAUUAUCCACAGCUGCUAUAUUGCACGAUUAUGUAUCACUUUAGAAAAUCCUUUUUUUAAUUCAGAAGGGAAAAUUAUUAUUUUUUCUUUUUUU